AAAUUUGCCAAAGUUUUAAUAGCAAACCGCGGUGAAAUUGCCUGUCGCAUCAUUCGAACAUGUCGUGCCAUGGGCGUCAAGACGGUCGCCAUAUACAGCGAAAUUGAUGCCCGCUCUCUGCACGUACAGGAAGCAGACGAGUCGUACUGCGUUGGACCGGCGCCUUCACGUGAAUCAUAUCUCAACGUUGAGGCCAUUGUGGAGGCGAUUCGCCAGAGUGGCGCCGAAGCCGUUCAUCCAGGUUAUGGCUUUCUUUCGGAGAACACCGCUUUCGCAAAGCAGCUGCAAGACUUGGGCGUCGCCUUUAUCGGCCCAAACUCAGAGUCCAUUCGUGCGAUGGGCGAUAAGAUCGAGAGCAAGCUGAUUGCGAAGAAAGCAGGCGUAAACACAAUUCCCGGCUACGAUGGAACGGUUCGCGAUGCUGAGCACUGCGUAGAGUUGGCACGCCAGAUUGGCUACCCGGUGAUGAUCAAAGCCUCGGCAGGCGGUGGCGGCAAGGGCAUGCGAAUUGCCGCCAACGAUAGCGAAGUUUUUGACGGUUAUCGGUUCUCCAAAGACGAAGCAGCUUCCAGCUUCAACGAUGACCGACUUCUGAUUGAGAAGUUCAUCGAAGAGCCGAGGCACAUUGAGGUGCAGGUGCUUUGCGAUAAGCACGGCAAUGGCAUCUUUCUCAAUGAGCGCGAGUGCUCCAUUCAGCGACGCAACCAGAAGGUCAUUGAAGAGGCGCCCAGCACCUAUGUCGACGCCGCUCUCCGAGCUGCGAUGGGCAAUCAGGCCGUAGAGCUGGCGCACAGUGUUGGUUAUGACUCGGCAGGAACAGUGGAGUUUCUCGUUGACAAGCACAAGAACUUUUACUUUCUUGAGAUGAACACGAGGCUGCAAGUAGAACACCCGAUUACCGAGUACAUUACCGGCAUUGAUUUAGUUCAUCAGAUGUUGCGCAUUGCCAAAGGCCACCCCUUGAAGCACGCCCAGAAAGACGUCCAAAUCCGAGGAUGGGCCGUCGAGUCGCGCGUGUACGCAGAAAACCCGUACAAGAAGAACUUUGGCCUGCCCUCCGUGGGCCGACUGACGCGCUACCAAGAGCCAGUGCACAUACCCAAUGUUCGCUGUGACUCGGGCGUGACAGAGGGCUCGGAGAUCUCCAUCUACUACGACCCGAUGAUCUGCAAACUCAUAAGCUACGGGGAAACGCGAGCAGAGGCGCUGCACACAAUGAAAGACGCACUGGACAGCUAUGUGAUUCGAGGCCUGACGCACAAUAUUCCCCUGCUGCGGGACAUUAUCACUGAGGAGAACUUUGUCUCAGGUCGACUGAACACUAGUUACUUGCCUGCAGUCUACGGAGAGCGAUUCAAAGGUCGAAGAAUGACUUCCAAAGAGCAGGUCUACCAGCUGGCGUCCAUUGCCUCGGCCAUUUACCUGCGCGAAGAGGCCCGAUCAAACCAGCACCUGUCACAAGCCAAACCGACAGCCAACUUGUUCAUCGAUUUCAGCGGCAAUGAUAGCCUCAACUUGCAGGACAUGCUUUCCGCUCGAGUGCGCGUUAAUGGCGACAAAUACCUGGUGCAAGUAAAUGGUGGCGAUUACGAGGUAGAAGUACCCAAAGAGCUAUCUUUAGGCGCCCUGACGCUUGAAAUUCCUAUUGGCAAUGAGAAAAAAAUUGUUCAGAUCAUGUCCAUCGACGGUGACGGUCGUCUGUUGAUUCAGUUUGAAGGCACAGUAUUUAAAGUUCGCGUUCUCGAUGAGAAGACGGUCAAGUACAUGAAACGAAUGCCUGUCAAGCAGAAACCGGAUGCCAGUAAGAUCAUUCAGUCGCCCUUGUUUGGCCUCGUCAAGUCGGUGUCCUGUCAAAUCGGUGACCAGGUCAAUGAAGAGCAGGAGUUGUGCGUUAUAGAGGCCAUGAAGAUGAGUAUAAUUAUUAGUGCCACCCAAUCGGGAAAGGUGUGCGAAAUAAACUGCAAAGUAGGGGAUACUGUACUUGGUGACCAAGUGCUGGUGCAGCUGCAAUGA